UUCCGGUGCGCCAUUUUAAGCUGUCUGGCGCAAGUUCCACUGGGAAGAUGGCGGGUGAAACUGGUUGAGUUUUUUAAGGCUUGCUAAAUAUGAGUUUAUGUCGAUAACCGAAACGCGUCGCUGCUGUUGGUUGUGCUAAAAGCUCGGCGGUGUGUUGAAGCGCAGCGCGCGAGUUGGCGAUGUCUGCCGAAGUCCUCAGACCCGGGCCGGUGGCCGGUGGAGGCAGUAAGCUAGGUGAGCUGAUCGGGAAGCUCCACGAGUACUUGGCAGCAACCACAGAAGACAAGACUGAACCUCCUUUACCUGGACACUGGAAUGGAACUACGGCCAAGGAAUACUUGGAGCAGCAGGCUCAUGCCCAGUCCAGUGGUGCCUCAGAAGUGGGAAUGUUGUCGUCAUCUCGUUCGAGAAGGAAACCGGCUGUUGUCACCAAACACAGUGGGAUGAACGAGUCAGAUGCUUCGUCUGAGAGUGGAGCUGAAGAUGUAAUGUCAGUCCACUCCAGUGACCCAGACACCAACAUCCUACCCAAAGGAACGGUGUUUGUGCUGCCGGAGCCGGUGGGUAAUGAAGCUCGUGAUGAUUUCCGUGGUCCAGAAUUCCGCAGUAGACGUGUUUACAAGCAGCACAGAGAUGGUGUUGACAGACGCAGAGGAGGAUAUGAGAUGGAGAGGGUAAACUGCACAGCGUGUGGUCAGCAGGUGAAUCAUUUCCAGCGUGACUCAGUCUACAGGCACCCAAUGCUAAAAGUCCUCAUCUGCAAGAGUUGUUAUAAGUAUUAUAUGAGUGAUGACAUCAGCAAAGAUUCAGAGGGAAUGGAUGAGCAAUGCAGGUGGUGUGCAGAGGGAGGCAGUCUGAUUGGCUGUGAUUACUGCAGUAAUGCCUUCUGUAAGAAAUGUGUUCUGCGUAACCUGGGGAGGAAGGAACUGUCCACCAUCCUCGAGGAGGAGAGGAAGUGGUACUGUUACGUGUGCAGUCCUGAGCCCUUGGUGGAGCUGGUUUUGGCCUGUGAUUCGGUUCUAGAGAACCUGGAGCAGGCUCAGAAACGCGUCUCCCGUCCUGAGCCGAACUCGGUCCGGGGGAGGGCUAAUAAGGGUGGUCGUGGAGCAGCCUAUCUGAUGGGGGCGGUACCCUCUGCAGGUCUCUACCAGCGAAUGCAGCGGUUUGUAGAUGUCACUACAUCUCUGAGCCAUUCCUUCAAGGCAGUCGUUCAAAGCGAAAGAGAAGGGGAAGGAAACCGGAUGGAGAGAAUUGGGCAGCUAAGGAUGUUCCGCGCUGUGCUGGAUGAUCUGCAAGCCGCCAACAGUGCAUUACAGGAAGCCUUGGACCAUGAGCUGAGAGGGUCAAAACGUGCCAGUGGAACGCAUAAGCCAAAAGCGAAGGGCAGACGGAAAAAGGGAAUGGCAUCACGGAGCCCAGAAGUCACUAAAAAGCUGGUGGUUAAACUCACUCCUGUACCGGUCAGCCCAAAACCCAUCAGCAGUACAUGUCUUUCCAUUCAUCCACCACCUGACAGACCAACAAUAAAGAGUGGGGUGACAGAUGGCGCACUGGAAGAAAGUGGGACAUUGGUGGAGAUGGAGAAGGGGAUGGAAAUGGAGGGAACAACUGAGAGAGGAGAAGAUGUGGAAAAUUAUUGUGUUAAUAAUGACGAGGAAGAGGAGGAGGAGGAGGAAGAAGAUGAGGAGGAGGAGGAGGAAGAGGACCAAACUGACCCAAAAAGUUUGUCUUUAUCUGAGGAGAACAAGCGUUCCCCACGUGUGAAAACUACACCACGUCGGCGGCGGACGAACACGAGCACCACAGCGGAGCAUGCUGGUUUACCUGAGGACUCUGAUUCUGAUGAGGUGCCUGAAGUGCUGCUCCAGACCGCCGCUACCAUGGCAAACAGUGAGGAAGAGGGCUUGGUAGGUAGCAGUUGGGACGGGGAUGAGGUAAACCAGCAAGUCAGAAAGCAGCGUCUCUUUGGACUGGUUAAAACCACACCUCCUGACAGAGGUACUCGUAAGCGGAAUCUCAAAGAAAGAUCCUCAUCGUCCUCAUCGUCCUCUUCUGCAUCUUCAAGAAGGGGCUCCCAGGACCAAGGGUCAACGGUUAGAAUGACCAGGGGAAGAGCCCGCAAAGUUGCCAGGAUGACGGGACAGAGCGGGAGUUCCUCAAGUGAGGUGGGAGGACAGGAACUGGAGAGUGGGCCGAGCAGUGACUCUGACGAUCAGAAAAUCAAACCGCUGACAGAGGGCGUCACUUUGCUGGGCUCUGGAAAUUUCCAGCAGUCUUCCGGUGAUGAGAUGGACAUCCAGCCAGGUCCGUCUUUGUCUGUGGAGGACGAUGAUUUAGAAAAUAGAAUUGCGAAGAAGAUUCUACUGGCUCAGAUUAGAGCUAACCUCUCGUCUGCUUCUGAGCUGGACGCCAGCUCUGAUGAACAAUCAGAAAGCACAAGAGAAGAGCAGAAGAAGAGCAAGACCAAAACAUCAGAGACAACAGAAGAGGAAGAUAACGAUGGCUCAGAUUGCAGUGGGUCACAGUCAGGGUCACGGCACCGGCACCGAUUGCUUCGACAUGGUCUUACUUUAUCAGAAGCUGAAGUAAAAAGUCAAAAGCAAGAGGUGAAGAAGAAGAAAGAAAGAGAAGUCCAAGAAUCAGAAUGUGUUGUUGUGAGUAGUGAUGAAUCAAGCGAAACGAGCAUAUCGAGUGGCGUGUAUGACGAACUCAGCCAUUCAGAGUGUGAGGAAAUGGGGUCUCAGUCACCCACUCAUAAUGAGACGUUUCAGAGUCCAUCACGCACACCUGACAGGAGCACCACUGCUGAUAAUGAUGACUCUCCAACCGCUGAGGAGCAUUUGAAGGGCACUCCGCGAGGGCGGAGGCAGAUUAGGCCGCUUCUAGAGGUGGGUCAGCUGGCCAAGGAGACGCAGAGCGCUCUGAAAGAAGAGGAGGAGCGCAGGAGGAGAUUAGCGGAGAGAGAAAAACAGAGAUUGGAAAUUGAGAGGAGAGAACGAGAAGAUGCAGAUUCAGAGGUCAUCUUAGUGUCUGAGAAACCGGCGAAUAGCUUCGCACCGUUGGUUCUCGAGCAAGAUGAUGUAACACAUAAGCCCGUGCUGCAAGUGCACAUGCACUUUCUGAGCAAACUCAAACCGCACCAGCGAGAGGGUGUGCGGUUCAUGUGGGACUGUUGUUGUGAGUCCAUUCAGAGUGUGAAGACAACUCCAGGCUCUGGCUGUAUUCUGGCCCACUGCAUGGGUCUGGGAAAGACUUUUCAGGUCAUUGUGUUCCUUCACACAGUGCUGCUAUGUAAAGAGCUGCCACUGAAAAGGGCUCUGGUGGUGUGUCCUCUUAACACAGUGCUGAACUGGAGGAGUGAGUUUGACCAGUGGCAGAGGGGCUUAAGACCCAACGUACUGAGGGUGUCAGAACUGGCUACAGUAAAGUCUGUGCCUGUUCGUGUUGAGCUCUUAAAUGACUGGUUUACAAAUGGUGGAGUCAUGAUCAUGGGUUAUGAGGUUUUCCGCAUACUGACGCACACAGACAGUGUGAAAUACAGCAAACACAAGGAAGCCUUCCGCUCAAUGCUCCUGGAUCCAGGCCCUGAUCUGGUGGUGUGUGAUGAGGGUCAUGUCCUUAGGAACGCAGACUCCAGCAUCUCAAAAGCCAUACGAGCUCUACGCACACGUAGGAGAAUCAUAUUGACGGGAACACCGCUUCAAAACAACCUUACUGAGUAUCACUGCAUGGUGAACUUCAUUAAGGAGAACCUGCUGGGUUCUCUAAAGGAGUUCCGGAACCGAUUUAUUAAUCCAAUUCAGAACGGCCAGUGCGCAGACUCCACCCCUGCUGAUGUCAGACUGAUGAAGAAUAGAUCGCACGUCCUCCAUCAGAUGAUGUCAGGAUUCAUACAGAGGCGGGACUACUCAGUCUUGAUGUCCUGUUUGCCACCAAAGCACGAGUAUGUGCUGUCAGUCAGGAUGACACCUUUGCAGUGUCGGUUAUACACGCACUAUCUGCAGAACUACACAGGUAAAGGAGCAGGUGUGAACAGUUUGUUUCAGGACCUUCAUGUUCUGAGUUUGAUAUGGACUCAUCCCUGGUGUCUUAAACUUGCUCAGCUGAGCAGGAAUAAGGGCAAAGAGGAAGGGCCUGCUCCUGUCUUCACAGGUCUGGGUGCAGGUUUGGUGAGCGAUUCUGCAAAGCCAAAUGACUCUGAAGGAAGAGCGGCAGCAACCACAGGCUUAGUGGGUGAUGGAGAGAAAAAUACUGAUCCAGUCUCCUUGGACAGUGGGGCCAAUCAAAUCCCUCAAAAUCCACAAAAUCCUGAUGUCACAAACACAGCCACAAUGGGAAUUUCUGGAUUUGUUGUGGGUAACGGGCCAUCUGCCGACUGGUAUCUGCCGUUUGUAACAGCGGCUGAUGCCAAAGUGCUGGAGCAUUCUGGGAAAUUGCAGUUGCUACUGGAGAUUUUACACUGGGCAGAGGAACUACAGGACAAAGUGUUGGUGUUUAGUCAGUCUCUGAUAUCACUGGACCUUAUUGAGAGUUUCCUCCUGUAUGCAGAUGAGACCAGGGGAAAUAUAUGUUGUCCAUACAAAGGAAACAAAUCGUGGGUUAAAAAUAAAGACUAUUAUCGUUUGGACGGCACCACCAGUGCUUGUGCUCGCAAGAGAUGGGCUCAGGAGUUUAACAACACCAAAAACAUAAGAGGGAGGUUGUUUCUGAUCUCCACUCGUGCGGGGUCUCUGGGAAUCAAUCUGGUCGCUGCAAACCGGGUUGUGGUGUUUGAUGCCUGCUGGAAUCCGUCAUAUGACAUCCAGAGCAUCUUCAGAGUCUACCGCUUUGGACAGAAAAAAACUGUAUAUGUGUACCGUUUUCUGGCCCAGGGGACGAUGGAACAGAACAUUUAUGAGCGGCAAGUUGCUAAACAGUCUCUGUCCUCUCGUGUUCUGGACCAGCAGCAGAUUCAGAGACACUUCACACACAGUCAGUUAAGUGAGCUGUACUGCUUCCGGCCAGACCUACGGCCCAGUAAACACACAGAAAUGCCUGUGGAUGACCUGUUGGCCCAGCUGCUGCAGAGCUGUGAGCAGCUCAUAGUAAGUUAUCAUGAGCACAACUCACUGUUAGACCACCGGGAGGAAGAGGAGCUGAGCGAGGAAGAGCGCAGAGCGGCCUGGGAUGAAUACCGUGCAGAAAAGAAGGCCUCUGUACAGAACUCCAAUGAACCUGCCCCCAAAAACAUCAACCAGGGAUUACAGUUCUUUCAUCUUCAGCAGGCUCUGGCUUCUCGAAACUUAGCCUUUUUAACCAACAGUGUUCCUUCAACAACUUCAUUGCCUGUGAAACAAGCCACUGGCCAACGUUCUGCUGCUUGGAGCACAUAUAACAACACCAACAUCUCAUUUCGACUUGAGCAACCCAAUGUGGUUUCCUCAGGUUCAAAGACAAACACAUAACCUGGUCCCGCUCUCCUCCGAAAACACAGUUUGUGUUGGACUUGUUAUCAAUAAGCUGCUGUAAAUAUCGGCAAUAUGAAUGUAACUUUAGCAUCAGAACACUGAAUGGAGACCUGCUGUCAGAAUUACUACUGAGUGUGACUUAAAUUUGAAUCUCAAAGCAACACUACUUCUUUACUGUACUUGAAUGGUGUGUCUGAGACCGUCUGCGUUUCUAGCUACCUCAAGACCAGUUUGAGUAUGAAGACUAGUCCUCAGCACAAGUAUGUGCUUUUGGACACAAACAGUGGGGUUCAGUAGCCUGCAUACAGAGUCUGUUGCUAAUACAUUUUGUGUUUAUUAAAAAAUAGAAUAAUUUCGUUUAAAAUUUCAGCGCUCAGUUUGUGUUACGAGCAUUCUUUGUUCAAUUGCUUUGUAUUAGAAAUAAAGACAUAAAAAUCA